CGCGCCGCCACAGCUGCCGCUCACCCCGGCCCCCGUGUAGCAGAUAACUUGAGGAAAAUGGAAACAGAUGAGGCUCAAGAUAUGUCCCAGGUUUCAGGAAAGGAAAGUCCUCCAAUUAGUGAUGUGCCAGAUGAUGCAGAUGAACCUAUGCCUGUACCAGAGGACCUUUCAACUAGUACUGGAGCACAACAGAGUGCCAAGAAUGAGAGAUUCUUGGCUGUAUACGGGGCAGAAGGCUUUAGGGACUUUCAUGCAAUAAUUCCCAAAUCUUUUUCCCCCGGUAAUAUUAAAAUAGAGACUCAGAGUGAUGAAGAGAAUGGGCGUGCCUGUGAAAUGAAUGGGGAAGAAUGUGCGGAGGAUUUACGAAUGCUUGAUACCUCUGGAGAGAAAAUGAAUGGCUCACACAAUGGCCCAGGCAGCAAGGCUAUGUCAGGAGUUGGAGGCAUUCGACUUCCUAACGGAAAGCUAAAAUGUGAUAUCUGUGGGAUAAUUUGCAUCGGUCCUAAUGUGCUCAUGGUUCACAAACGAAGCCACACUGGAGAACGCCCUUUCCAGUGCAAUCAGUGUGGAGCAUCCUUUACGCAGAAGGGCAACCUUCUGCGCCACAUAAAGUUGCAUUCAGGUGAAAAGCCCUUCAAGUGUCACCUGUGUAACUAUGCCUGCCGUCGCAGGGAUGCCCUUACAGGACACCUGAGGACUCACUCGGUUGGCAAACCUCAUAAAUGUGGAUACUGUGGUCGCAGCUAUAAGCAGCGCAGUUCUUUGGAAGAACAUAAAGAACGCUGUCAUAACUACCUGCAAACCAUGAAUAUCUCGAGCAGCCUUUAUUCAGUCAUAAAAGAGGAUACUAACCAGAAUGAAAUGGCUGAAGACCUGUGCAAGAUAGGGUCAGAAAGAUCCCUCGUGCUGGAUAGACUAGCAAGUAACGUCGCCAAACGUAAGAGCUCUAUGCCUCAGAAAUUUAUUGGUGAGAAAUGUCUGCCUGAUCUUCCAUACGAUGCCACCACCAACUAUGAGAAGGAGAAUGAGAUUAUGCAGACACAUGUUAUAGACCAGGCCAUUAAUAAUGCCAUCAGUUACUUGGGGGCAGAAUCUUUGCGUCCCCUUGUUCAGACACCACCAGGUAGUUCUGAAAUGGUGCCCGUUAUCAGCCCCAUGUAUCAGCUCCACAAACCACUUGGGGACAAUCAGGCUCGCUCCAACCAUACAUCUCAGGACAGCGCAGUGGAAAACUUGUUGCUGCUUUCCAAAGCCAAAUCUGUCUCUUCUGAACGAGAUGCCUCUCCCAGCAACAGCUGCCAAGACUCAACAGAUACAGAGAGCAAUAAUGAGGAACGCAGUGGUUUAAUCUACCUGACAAACCACAUAGGUGCCCAUGCAAGAAAUGGCAUCUCUAUAAAAGAAGAAAACAGGCAAUAUGAUGUCUUGAGGGCAGGUACUGACAAUUCCCAGGAUGCUUUCAAAGUGAUCAGCAGCAAUGGGGAGCAAGUGAAAGUUUACAAGUGCGAACACUGUCGAGUCCUUUUCUUGGAUCACGUGAUGUAUACGAUUCAUAUGGGUUGCCACGGGUUCCGUGAUCCUUUUGAAUGCAACAUGUGUGGCUACCAUAGCCAGGACAGGUACGAAUUCUCUUCCCACAUAACUCGAGGGGAGCACCGUUUCCACAUGAGUUAAAAUUCCUCCGUCACAGAUCUAGCCUCAACAGCUGCUUUACUGGAGCUGCACGAGCCACGACAGCAGCAAAGCACAAGUCAGCUGGACUGUAAAAGUGAUGAAAGAAUCAGAAGUUCAGCUAUCUUCUCCCACGAGAAAAGUUUUCUUUUUGGUAGCAUGCAUUGCAUCUCAGUUUUCUAAAAUGAGUACUAAAGUUUUUACUGAAAAUGUUUGAUCACCAAAAACCUUUAGUAAUUUAAAUAGGAGCUUUUGUAGUCACAUAGCUGAAAGCCCUUCCCUUAACUGAUGCUUCUUGCAAACCUCCCUUGCCAAAAGUGUUAACCAUGUGCAGGAUGCACUAUGCCAACAAGGACACAACAGGCAGGAAUGGCCAAGCUUUCUCAACACCCUGAGCGUAGGUCUCUUACACCAGAUAUAUGGGUUUGUUUUUUUUUUUUACUUCCUGCUAUUAUUUGACUCUUUUGGGAAGAUUAAACUCAACUGAAGAUGGAGGUGCCCACCUCAGAUGACUUCACAGACAGCUGGGGUGGGAUGGAACCCUCCAGCCAGAGGGUUCUGAGUUGCUUUGGUGGUAAAUAUAGAAUGUUUCCAUCUGCAAGGGUGCUGCCUUGUUUGUGUCACUGGGCAGGCAAGUAGGUAUGUGAAAAAUAGAAGGAACACCCUUGUAAUAUACUCUGUGAAGUAUGAACUGCAUUUAAUGUAUAGAAAAAGGGUAUUGUUGGCUCUUCUUUUAAUACAUGUUUUAUCUCCCUACCCAAUAAAACCCCACUUUUCAUUAGAGCAGCCCCUCUUCUCUCUGCAUAAACAAGUUACAAUGUAUUUAAUUGUUCUUUCUCUUUUAAGUUUUAGCUAUUUAGAAAAGUAUGAUGUACAGUUGAGAAAAGCACUAGCUAGAAAUAUGUGUGGGGAAAGUCUCCUUAUGCACAUUUUUCAUCUUUUUAAAAUGCCUGAAAAAUAUCCAAAUGUCUCUCUCUCACAUACAGAAAAAAAACCCUAUUUUGCUUGCACAGAUGUCCUCUUGUAGAUUCUGUGGCCCUCCUCCUAAGUGUUGCACUUAAUUAUUUCUAAAGCACUGACCUGAAUUAAAUCAGCCAGUCAAAAUUUGUAGCCUUCUCCUUACUUCCUGGCGCAUGCUGUUUAAUGAAGGACCAAGCCCCACAAAAGUGCUGAGAACCUUGGCUUCCUGUUCAACAAAUCAUUUCACCAUGUGCUUUAAGUUACUUUUGCCUCAAUGGAACAAAUCUUAAGGUUAAAUAAAGAAGUGUUUUACUGAAUGGAGACCAGAGGCUGCAGCACUUGCGGAGUGUAGUCAAGUCCACCACUCCAUGGUGGGUUCUGCUACAGGCACUGUAACUUCAGUUAGAAUAAAAAUUUCUAACUUUAAGAACACAAGAUUUUAACCCCAA